AUGACUGAUAAAAGAGACAUCCAAAUAUCUAAAGCAUUAAGUUACUUACUUCGUCACGGUGCUGAAAAGGAGAAACUAAUAAUUGAUCCACAAGGUUAUGUUUCAUUAUCCCAAAUCCUUUCAAAUAAUAGAAUAAAGACACAUAAAACAACAAAAGAAGAUAUCGAAAGAAUAGUUGCUGAAAAUAACAAAAAAAGAUUCAAUCUGCUUGUGAAAGAUGAUGGUCAAACUUAUAUAUGUGCAAAUCAAGGUCAUUCCCUGAAAUCAAUAACAAAUGAUAAUUUAAAAUUAAUUUCCAAUGAUGAUGAAUGGCCAAAAGAUUUAAUUCAUGGUACAACUUUGAAAAAUCUAAAAUUGAUAUUAGAAUCUGGUGGAUUAUCCAAAAUGAAUAGGAAUCAUAUUCAUUUAACAUCUCAUUUAGAAUUAGAUCCUGAAGAUGGUACAAAGACAAUAACAGGUAUUAGAUCUUUCUCUACAGUGUUGAUAUAUCUUGAUAUUGAAAAAUUAAAGAAGAAUAAUGAUCAAAUUAAAGUAUAUAAAUCUUUGAAUAAUGUUUAUUUAAGUGAAGGUGAUUCCAAUGGGUUUAUAUCUAAAGAUUAUUUUUUGAAAAUUAUUGAUAGAAAGACUUUACAAAAUAUUGAAAUAUGA